UUUUUGCUUGUUCAAAGAAAAGAAUGCAAAAUGUGCCAAAGGAAUAUUAAAAAUUAUUUUUCCGCUAACCGAAAGGGUCAAACAGUUUUGACUAAAUCAGAAUCCGAUUCUGACGAAUCUGUUGAUACUGAAAUCAAUAUUUCUCCAUAUGCAGAUGUAUCUCAAUAUGAAGAUCUUUUUAAAAAGAAAAAUGAAUUUAAAAAUUUGGCAAAGGUUGUUGUAAAUGAAGGUGGUAUAUCAAUGUGUUGGAAAUAUUUUGGUGAUCUCUAUUUUAAAAAGAGGCAUAUACUUCAAAAAUAUAAAUUUUGCAAAUUGUGUUUGGAUGAAAAGACCAAUUUAAAAAGUUUUGGAAAAUCAACAUCAACCACAAAUUAUAUGAACCAUCUACGAGCUGUACAUAACUUGGACGUGAAAUCUUUAAAUAACCUGAAAAGUUCAACAAUGACACAAAAUGCAUUGAAAUCCUCAACAAGUUGUAACAACAAACAACAAAAUGCUCGCCGGGUCGCCGAAAUGUGCUGUUGGGAUUUGCAACCGUUUAAAAUUGUUGAAAGGCCAGGAUUUAAGAAAUUGGUAUCUUUCUUAAACCCAAAGGCUAUAUUCCCCACAGAUAGGACAAUAGCUACGACGGCUUUAAACGAUGUUUAUAACAUAUAUUUGGACCACGUAAAAACAAGCCUUAAAGAGUCGCCCAAAAAUGUUACACUUGUAUUGGAUAUGUGGUCAGAUAAACAUAAGCACUUGUCUUACAUAAACAUAAAAGUUCAUUUCUGCCAAAAUUUUCAAAUGCAAAUUGUAACGCUCAAGACAGAGAUCUUUCCACGACCUCACACUGGACUAGCAGUUGUAGAAAAAAUUGAAGAAGCUUUAUGUGAAUUUAAUCUGUUGGAAAAAAACAUAUGUGCUGUUACUGAUGGUGGAAGCAACAUCGUUUCAGCUUUAAAAAUUAAAAAUAUACCAAGAUAUGGUUGUAUGGCUCAUUAUAACGGAAUUUGGCACGUUUUUAAAAAUUUUUGA